AUGGCAAAAACGAUAUCUAGUUUCUGGGGCCCAGUCACAUCAACUACCGAGUGCUGUGAAAAGAAUUAUGCAUAUUCAUCUUAUAUUGCAGAAUUUUAUAACACAAUAUCCAACAUUCCAGCCAUUCUUUUGGCUCUCAUUGGUCUUAGAAAUGCCUUUAGACAACGGUUUGAGAAGAGAUUUAGUGUUCUUCAGGUAUCAAAUAUGACAAUUGCCAUUGGAAGCAUGUUGUACCAUGCUACACUACAACAUGUGCAACAGCAGAGUGAUGAAACUCCAAUGGUGUGGGAGAUUCUUCUGUACAUUUACAUCCUUUACUCCCCAGAUUGGCAUUACCGCAGAACAAUGCCCAUCUUCCUAGUUUUAUAUGGUGCUGUUUUUGCCAUAGCCCAUUCAGUGUUUCGUUUUGAUAUUGGCUUCAAACUUCAUUAUGUCAUUCUUUGUCUCCUUUGCAUUCCAAGAAUGUACAAGUACUGCAUUUACACUGAAGAUGUGUCUGCCAAGCGGAUUGCGAAGCUAUAUGUAGCCACUCUUGUAUUAGGAACUUUGUUUUGGUUAUGUGAUCGUGUUUUCUGCGAGGAGAUAUCCCGUUGGCCAAUUAAUCUACAAUGUCAUGCUUUGUGGCAUGUCUUCUUGGGUUUCAGUUCCUACUUUGCAAACACAUUCUUGAUGUUUUGCCGUGCUCAACAACGUGGGUGGUCUCCAAAAGUUGUCCGUUUAAUGGGUGUUUUGCCCUAUGUGAAGAUUGAGAAGUCAAAAAACAAGAGAAACUGA